AUGAAAGGGCCAAGCAAUGUUCCAUCGCUACGAAGAGCCCAUCAACGGGUGGGAUCUGCGGCGGGGUCCGUGUUGGGAAGCAGUAGUAGUCCCCUGUUCCAAAGGAGCAAACAGCAAUCUUUUGUCUUUAACAAUCCAGUCUCGCAAGCUUUCAAUGUCCACAAAGUUCGAAAUCGACGGUUGAUCCUCCGAUUCGUCUUGUUGGGGGUCAUUUUCUUUUUCCUCACGUCAUCACUGGUCAUGCAACAUCGGCCAUCUUUCUUUCCAUUGGGGGAAUUUAACAAUGACAGUAGUAGUGGAAGUGAUAGUGGAAGUGCUAGUGGAAGUAGAAGCAAUGCUGUACCAGACAGUACAAAAGACAGUUCUAUUUUACGGGGUCAGGUGAAUGUACCAUCUUUUCGUCUCAACAACAACAACAACAACAGCAGUGCUACAAGAAGCACAUCCAAAGCCCGUCAAGACUUGCUUCUGAAAGAUGAUACAGUUGUCCACUCCUUCUAUGAUCCAUUAGCCCAAAUGGAAGGCUUCCUAAGAAGCCACGCCGACACACCUGGAGCACGGUUCAUUCAACUCCUUCAAGCCAACUUGUACAACAGCAAACACAACCACGAAGAGCUGCAGCGUCUGCAAGCCUGCCAAACGCAGAGUCGCCACAAUCCGCAAUUGGUCAAUGUCAAUCUUUGCUUUGCUGGUUCCAAAAACUACAAAAACACCAUGGCCCACUUGGAACAGCUAGCUCAAGAACUCAAUAAUAUCAAACCCAUGGCACUGCUGGCCAAUGUCACUGCCAUGGAACAACACACACCCAUUACUAUCAAUAUGAAACAACAACAAAAAACAACAAAAACACUUGCCAAAAACAACAAACCAAUCCAGGCAUCGACCGUGUUUCAAAUGCGACGCUAUGGACCCAUCAACAACAGUGCUAUCACCAUGGACCGACCGACCCGUCCCGACAUUGAACACAGACUCAUUCCCAACUUGGGUACCUCCAUGGCCUGUUUGCCAUUGCUCUUGGCAGGAGCCGCCGUGGCAUUCUCCACAGACGACGACAAUCCCCAUUUGGCGGUGGAAUUGGGGCCCUACUUUGGAUUGAGUUCCAAAUGUUUGGCCACUGGAUUGACACUGCCAGGCAGCACUUCAUCGAGCGUCCCUCCUCUCUACUUUGCCUAUGAUACCUUUGGGGGACGGGACAAUCUCUUGUCAUUGCAGAAUCGAUCCCAGACGCAAUGGAUCUUGGACGACUACUUUCCACACUUUGGUGGUGGCCAGAACAGUGACAACAACAAUAAUGAUGAUACCAGCUUUCGAUUCUUGUGGCAACGGGCCGUCCUUCCGGUCCAUCCCACGGCUCGUGCGAUUGCGGGAAUGCUAGUGGCGCCGACUGCUGCUGCCAGUAGUCAUGACACUGUCUACCAACGGGCAAGAAGCAUCCAACAACAACAGCCAUCUUUGGAUUUGUUGGUCAUGGACAGUGCCAAGUCCGCCAAAGCAUGGAAUGAUCAACUCAUGGCAGUUUUGGGACCCACCAACACCAUGAUCCAUGCAGGGAACAUUCUCAUCUUGAUGGAUUUUGAGUUUGUCGCCGUGCAGGUCAAACAAGUGUACGGAUGUUUGCGACAAGCGUUGCUGCCCGUGUACAUUAGUUGGAACCACGAACAUUUUGCCUUUGUGGUGACACAAGACAUUGACUUGACCACCAAGACGCAUGCAAACUGCUACGCGGGGAUUGCACAAACGCACACCGAUUCCUUACAUCGAUUGGAGCAACAGGUGCAGGCGGAUCUCGAUUUUGUCCGUCAAGGAUUGCGACAACAUGAGGACCAGCAGAAUAAUAUUAAAGACAAAAAAUGGGACAGCAUGCAACAACCGCUAUUGGACCACAUGGUUCGCAACCUGCGUGAAAAGCCAGAGCAGUGGAUGGGUCUGGCCAGAAUGGUUUAG